AUGCYGGGACAUGUAGUCCAGCGCGGCGGCCAAUGGCAGCGCGCGGCGUGUGCGCGCGGGGGCUGCCGGGAAGCGCAGUCCGCACCGUGCCGGGCGGCGGGCGCGCUGCCGGAGGAGGAGCGGUGCAGCGUGGAGCGGGCCGACGCCUCCCUCACCUUGCCCGGCUUCCUGCAGCGGUUCGCCUUCUCGCGGCCCGUCGUCAUCCGCGGGGCCACCGACAACACGGUGUUCCGUGCGCUCUGCACCAAGGACAAGCUGCUGGCCGCCUUCGGGCAGCGCCCCGUGCGCCUCAGCACGGCCAACACCUACUCGUACCGCAAAGUGGACCUGCCCUUCCAGGAGUACGUGGAGCAGCUGCUGAAGCCCCAGGACCCGGCGGCGCUGGGCAGCGACACYCUGUAUUUCUUCGGAGACAACAACUUCACCGAGUGGGGCCCGCUCUUCCAGAACUACGUGCCGCCUCCCUUCCGCAUCCCGGGCACCACGGGUGCCUACAGCUUUGGCAUUGCCGGCUCCGGCUCCGGUGUUCCCUUUCACUGGCACGGCCCCGGUUACUCGGAGGUGAUCUAUGGCAGGAAGCGCUGGUUUCUCUACCCRCCGGAUAAGGCGCCCCACUUCCACCCCAACGAGACGACGCUGGCCUGGCUCCGUGACACGUAUCCCUCGCUGCCGCCCGAGGAGCGCCCGCUCGAGUGCACCAUCCGCCCCGGGGAGGUGCUGUAUUUCCCCGACCGCUGGUGGCACGCCACRCUCAACCUGGACACGAGCGUCUUCAUCUCCACCUUCCUGGGCUAGGGCCAGCACCGCGGCCCGUCCCGCCGGGCCCGGCAGCCAGGCCCGGCCCAAGGGCGCGCUGCUCCCUACACGGUGAGUGUGACUGAGUGGGCUCCGGAGCGGAGGCCACGCGGCAGCUCUGCCUCCUGCYGCUGCGUGCAAAGGGCUGGGGCAGCAGCACCUGCUCCGAUAGUGGUGAAGGGACCAAGGACCUGAAGAAAUUCUGAUAUUURCUCUUCUCCUUCAUUCCUCUUGGAUUAAAAUUUAUUUUUGGUCA